AGUCUGCUUUUUUAUUCCAUCCGUUACUCCUGGUUGGAGGCUUGCGUAAAUAUUUAGUUUAUACGUAGUCCUACCUAAGUUUGACGGUGCAACGCUCAAAUAUUUAGUAGUGCGUAAGUUAUUUAGUGCCCAUUGUAAUGUACGUAAAGCUGGUGCAACCGGCCCCUGUUUGACAAGGAAAAAGCUUCAUAACCACAAUACAUUAACUACACUUAUAUGACUAGAAAUUUCAGUCAACCUUUGACUGUUAUAUUCGAACAUAAAAUUAAGCGUUCAUAUUCGCAUUGAAAUGAGAUAUGAUUCCGCACCAUCAGGGUCACCGCAUUUAAAAACGCACUAAAUAAGGUGUCAAAGACGAAGAGCGACUGAAGGACACAAGGAAGUGUGACCUAAACUCGCGUGAAGGCAUACAGUGGAAAGGGACUUUUACUGCUGCAUGUUUAUAGGUUUAUAAGUGAUAUAGCUGAAGAAAAAGGUGGGGGAUGAGAUUCCAUUUGAAAAAAGCCAUCCAGUUAGCAGCUGUUCUUUUCAUUUUGGCCAGUAUCUACAUCUACAUGCGGAGAACACAAACAGGAAAGCUUAGAGAACCACGACUUUCCACGGUGCCAUCUUGGAACUCAUAUAAGUCUGGAAAAAGCGUCUCCUCCCUCGUUCUCUCAGGCCGGGGAGUCCCCGGCAUGACGUACCCCCCCCCUUUCCCUGGGGGGAGGCAUGCCCUUCCGGUCCCGUCUGCCGGCAGGUCAUCCCCGUCUUCCUGGAACUGGGUGGGGACAAGGGGAGGGAAACAACAACAACAAAAAAACACGGUCUGGGAUGCUGAGACUUGGUCUGAAGAUUUCAAGGGCAAUUACCUGCAAUUCAAUGUUUCCAUUAUAGUGCUGGCAGGAGUCCCUCAGCAGACCAAGAAGUUCCUUACAGUGGGACUUUCUUCUGUGAAGAGGGAAAAGGGCAAUUACCUUCAGAACACUCUUCAAUCAAUCUUCUCUCAAUCCUCGGAGGAGGAGCUGGCUGAAAUGGUUGUAGUGGUCCUUCUCGCUGACUUUGACAUGUACUGGAUCAAGCAGACCCUACUGAUAAUUAAUAAUGAAUUCUUCUCCCAGCUGUCCAAGGGUCAAUUGCUGGUUAUCCAUGCCAUCCAAGAGUACUAUCCCCCCCUAACUAGUUUGAAGAGGAACUUCAACGACGCUCCAGACCGCGUAACCUUCCGUUCGAAGCAGAAUGUGGACUAUGCCUUCUUGCUCCAUUUCAGCAGUAACCUCUCCCAAUAUUACAUCAUGUUGGAAGACGACGUGAGCUGCUCAAAGAACUUCCUCUCCAGAUUACGCAAACACAUACGUUCGAUUUCAACCACAAAGUGGGUCACACUAGAGUUCUCCAAACUGGGCUACAUUGGAAAACUUUAUCAAUCCCGGGACCUACCCACUCUGUCCCGUUUCCUUUAUAAUUUCUACCAAGAAAUGCCGUGCGACUUCUUGUUGUCGCAUUUCCGCACCUUGAUGAUGCAGGAUAAAGUCAUUCGUUUACGCCCAUCUUUGUUUCAGCAUAUGGGCACUUACUCAUCUUUUAAGGGGACGUACAAUAACCUAAAGGACGAGGACUUUGUAGAAGAAGGUUCUGAUAAUCCUCCAGCAGACAUUAGUACAAACAUUGAGUUUUUUACGACCUACACACCCGACAAGGCUUAUAGCCAAGGCUCAGACUAUUUCUGGGGCAAGUCCCCCAUUGGCACGGGUAACUUCUUCUUAGUUGCCUUUCACGAACCAGUUCUCAUCUACCGUGUCCGAAUAAAAACAGGAAUGGAUGGAAAAGAUGAGCUUGCCUCUGCUAUUGUGGAACUUGGAAAAACUCUGGUGAAGACAGAGUCCAUGGUGGAGUGCUCAGAGUUUCACACAUUGGGUUCUCUUGAAAAAGGACAGUUUGAUCUGGCCACUGUCCAGAAACUAGUGAACACAACUGUGUCUUGUGUACGAAUACGAGUCACAGCCGACCAAUCAGACUGGGCUAUCAUACACUUCAUCCAGAUCUGGACUGUUAACGAUGACAAAACAACUUGAAAAACCUGUGAUUUUGUACCACAACAUUAACUAGUUUGUCAAGACAAACUUUAAUAUUGGCUUGACAAAAAGGUUUAACAGACCUUACAGUAAGACAGACAGAUAUACAGAUAGACAGAUAGAUAGAAACAGAUUAAAGGCCGUAUGUGUGUUUGUUUUCAUUUAAAAAAAAAAUGUACUGUUUGAAUUAAUGAGCAUUUUGUUGGCCCGUCUGAGCAUUCCAUCAAUGCAAGUCUAUGGGAUUUGGGGGAAUUUUGAUCACCUGUUCGGGAAAACCGUAAGUCUGACCAUUUAGGAAAGACAUAGAAUACUAAGUCAGAACAAUCUAAAGGCCUGUGCCAAGUUUGGUGGAUGUAGCUUGAAAGCUGUAAGAGUUACUCUUGUUAAGUUUUGUCUUUGUUUAGGGAUUUUGUAAAAACACCAAAUCAAGCCAACAUAAUGAAUGCCUUAAAGGAAUAGUUCACCAAUAAAAUACAAUCCUGUCAUCAUUUACUCAGCCUCAUGCUGUUUUAAUCCUGUAUGAUUUUCUUUCUCCCAUUUAGACUUGGAAGGAAAUGUUUAAUGUUACUUGAAUUAUUUUUUUAUUUUAGUGCAUUUCUUGUGGAAGUCUUUGU